GUCGGGGCACGGGUGUUUGGAGGGAUGAGCUCGGGAGGCUGGGAUAGUCCAAUUAGACGCGUUCCACAUGUCACCAGCCCAGCGGUGCUGACAAUGACUUGUGUGAACUGAAAUCCCGUUGUGUAGUUAUUACCUAAGGGCUUCCAAUUUUGAGUUGCCUGUGUAGCACAAGGUCUUUGGGUUCACUGAACUAAGGAAGAUUGAGCAAAGAAGUGUUUGUGUGUAAGGGAGCUGUAGUGAUCUUGCCAACAACUCUGGCACAGGCAUGUGCCUGGCCUUUUCUGGCCUGUCUUUGGCACAGACUGUUGGAGCAGAGAGGACAUGAAGGAAGAUGAGGGCUCACCUGAGUGCCAGGGCACCCUGAAGAGGUCCAUAGGUGACACAUGCGUGAGUACGUACAGUAUUUUGGAGGUGCCUGAGUAGGUAACAUUGAUACCUAGUAGAUGACAGCGCUUAACAGUAUGCAGAUAGUUUUCAUCUGAUUUUUUCAGCAGCCUUAGAAAAGAGAUAAUAAAAUUCACCAUGUAAAACACAUGAGGAAACCAAGUCUCAGAGAACAAGUGACUUAUUGAGGGUUACAUAGCUAGUUAGAAGUCAUCUCAGGACUAGCUUCCUACUUCUAAGUCAUUUCCACGUCUCACUGUAUGCAUCAUACUAGGCCCAGUACCUAGCAUGGUACUUUCCUCAGUGAAUGAAGGAGAAAAUCAACCCUUGACAGUUUUUAGCUUACUACUCUUUCUGAUGGAAGGGUCUGGCUCCUCUACUUCUGUUCUUAGUACCGUUCCCUUGGCUAACCUUGAUGUACAAUACAAGCCUUUCUGAAAUUCUCCUUUCGAACAAAAUGUACUGUGGAGAAAGUUUUGCCUCAUGCCUAAAGUGGAGACAGUAGCUGAACGAACCAGUGGGGAACGAGCAGAGUGGUUCUUCUUAUGGCAGGACAGUCUUAUAUCACUUCCAAUCUGAAGACCUUUAACACCUUAAUCCCUCCUCUCCCGAGUGAUGGUUCUUCACUGAAGCUGCCUGUUGCCUGUCUGAGUCUGACACCUGAAAAAUUUUCGAGGGGAGCUGCAGCGAGAGUCAGACUUCAUGGCCAGUGUGGACAGCAGCUGGAUCUCCUGGGGGGUUGGUGUCUUCCUGCUGAAGCCCCUCAAGUGGACUCUGUCUAACAUGCUGGGGGACAAUAAGGUUCCCGUUGAGGAGGUGCUUGUGGCCGUGGAGCUGCUGAAGGAAAAGGCCGAGGAGGUGUAUCGCCUGUACCAGCACUCACCCUUGUCCUCCCACCCCGUGGUGGCCCUGUCGGAGCUCAGCACCCUGUGCGCCAACUCCUGCCCGGAUGAGAGGACCUUCUACUUGGUGUUGCUGCAGCUGCAGAAGGAGAAGCGGGUCACGGUCCUCGAGCAGAACGGGGAGAAGAUCGUGAAGCUUGCCCGGGGGCCACAUGCCAAGGUGUCCCCUGUGAAUGACGUGGAUGUUGGGGUGUACCAGCUGAUGCAGAGUGAGCAGCUCCUCUCGAGCAAAGUGGAGUCCUUAUCCCAGGAAGCCGAGAGGUGUAAAGAGGAAGCCCGCCGGGCCUGCCGAGCAGGAAAGAAGCAACUGGCACUAAGGUCCCUCAAGGCCAAGCAGCGGACAGAGAAGCGCAUCGAGGCCCUGCACACCAAGCUGGACACUGUUCAAGGCAUCCUGGACCGCAUCUAUGCCUCCCAGACAGACCAGAUGGUUUUCAAUGCCUACCAAGCUGGGGUAGGAGCACUGAAGCUGUCCAUGAAGGAUGUCACAGUGGAGAAGGCAGAGAGCCUUGUGGAUCAGAUCCAGGAGCUGUGUGACACCCAGGACGAAGUGUCUCAGACUCUGGCUGGUGGGGUAACCAAUGGUUUAGACUUUGACAGUGAGGAACUGGAGAAGGAGUUGGACAUCCUCCUUCAGGACACCACCAAAGAACCUUUGGACCUGCCUGACAGACCCAAAUGUUAUACCAACAGUGUGCCUAACCCUAGGAUCUCCGAUGCUGAACUUGAAGCUGAACUUGAGAAACUGUCCUUAUCAGAGCCAGAUUUGGUCCCGAGCAGUAAAUCUCCAAAAAGGCUAUUGGAACCAACUCUCUAAAGCCAUUGUAGGACCCUCAAGUGAAGGACCCUCUUGUAAAAGAGAGAUCAGCCUCAUGUGUGUACAUAGUUAUUUAAAUGAGAAAUGCUCAGAAUUGGUUGGAAGAGAAGGAGAAGCACCUGGUGUAUCUGGAUGCUGCCACUCACAACAGGACAGGUAGAAUCUCUGGAAGCAGUGCUCCAAAAGCUUGCUCCCAGCUGGUGUCAUGGACCUGCCUUCUCAUCCUGAUAGUGCCACAAUUUAUACAGUCCCAUGUGUGACCUGUUGUCUCUCAUAGCCUGCAGUUCUUGCCAGUGGCUCAGUUAAGUUUGUCUUCACCCAUCAGCUUUGUUCCAGCCAAUGAAGGUGAAAAAUUUGCAGCUUUGCCAAAUCAAAAUCAAUCCUCUUCCCCCAGCCCCACCAUUUUUUAGAGGGAUUUAUUCUGUCUAUAAUGUCCAUUAAACAACUUCUUGUCCAACUCCAUUUUCAUUGGUAAAGAGAAGAAUAAGAAUCAAACACUUAAGAGUUAAAUUUGAAGAGACUUAACAGCUGCUGCUUCAUGGAGAGACAGUGUGCAAGAUUUUUCUCUGUGAAUGUCAAGUUCUCCAGAUUCAUGCCUGAGUGGGUCAGGGUCAUGAAAGUUGGGAGGGGGACUUGUGUGGUCGAUGCAGAAGAUCUCCUGAUGGGGAAAGGGUCAUUCUUGGUCAUUUGAACUCGAAGCAAAGCUUUUGCCUUGCCCUCCUCAUGGAAUUAUAUAUAUAAAUGUUUAUUCCAGAACAAGCCACACAGUACCACCCCUCUCUCCCCUUUGAGAGCCUGACUGACACCAACAGGGACCCUGUUUGAAUCGGAAAAUCAUUUCUGGUGCAGCCCACUGCUCAGGAUGGUGGGACCUGAGCCAGGAUGUGCAAUAGGAGCAAGUGGCUGUGGCUUUCUGCCGGAUGUGCCAUGUGCUUCCUGCUUUAACCCAUCCCUGCCUCUGGCAGUCCCAUCUUCCCACUUCCUUUGAUGGACUGGAGGGGGUGUGCAGGGCAGGCAGGACAGGGUAUGAGUGCUCCAUCAACAAGGAGAAGAGGUAAUCCACACAGCCACUAUGUUGCCCAGGUUCAAGGAUUCUGCCUGGAGUCCUCUGCCCUACUCCUCCUGCUUUGCAGAGCAGAGGUAGGGAGUUGGCUAUAGGCUGGAAGUACGACUGCUCAACAAAUUUCUCUCCCACUGAACUUUGGUAAAUGGAAAACGUUGGGGGUGAAGGGAAACAAUCACUAUUUUUUCUUUUUUAUCUGGUAAAUAAUUAAAAGAGAAAACUCUA